UUAUUAAAAUUUAUGUUGACUCUUUAUAGUGUUUUAUUUUAUAAAUUAUAAAAGUACAGUUUAUUCCUACGCCAUCCUGGAACUUCAUAAUUUAGUAAUCUAAUUAUUAAAUUAAAUAUGAAAAUGAUCUCAAUAUUAGCUCGUAUGAAUAGCUGUAAGUUUGCUCAUGUCAGUAUAGCAGCAUACAGCAUACAGUCAAAGACAUUGGCCAAGCCGAAGACAGCUAUUGUGAUGUUAAACAUGGGUGGACCACAGACCACAGAUCAGGUUGGAGAAUAUCUGCUGCGCAUCAUGACAGACCGCGACAUGAUACAGCUCCCAGUGCAGAGUAAGCUGGGCCCGUGGAUCGCCACGCGCAGGACCGAGGAGGUGAAGAAGAAGUACAGCGAGAUUGGUGGCGGUUCACCCAUAUUGAAAUGGACUAAUACACAGGGUAGAAUGCUGACGGAAGCUCUAGACCAGAUGUUACCUGAAACGGCACCACAUAAGCAUUACGUCGCGUUUCGAUAUGUUCCUCCAUUUACUGAAGAUGCCUUCCAGGAAAUUGAACGCGACGGUGUGGAGAGGGCGGUGAUCUUCUCUCAGUAUCCUCAAUACAGCUGCGCUACAACUGGCUCCAGUUUGAAUGCAAUAGCAGACUUCUACAGGAAUAGAGAGGUGCCAAGUGGUAUAAAAUUCAGCAUGAUAGAACGGUGGCCCACACAUCCUCUACUGGCGAAGGUAUUCGCUGAACGGAUCAAGGAGAAGCUACAAGCGUUUGAUAGUACAAUAAGGAAUGACGUGGUGAUACUGUUCACAGCUCAUAGCCUGCCUUUGAAGGCAGUGUCACGGGGAGAUACAUACCCGCAUGAAGUGGCGGCGACCGUUGCCGCCACAAUGAGCAGUCUGCAAGUGCCCAACUCGUACAGGCUGGUCUGGCAGUCCAAGGUGGGACCGCUGCCGUGGCUGCAGCCGUACACUGAUGAGGCAAUCAAGGCGUAUGCAAAACAGGGGCGCAAGCAUCUCAUCCUGGUGCCUAUAGCGUUUGUGAAUGAACACAUAGAGACUUUGCAUGAACUGGAUAUCGAAUACUGUGACGAACUCGCUAAAGAGGCCGGUGUACAGCAAAUAGAACGGGUGGCGACCCCUAACGACCAUCCUGUAUUCAUAGCGGCGCUGGCAGACGUGGUGGCGAACCAUUUGAAGAACGGUCCCAGGCUGAGCAACCAGUUCCUCACCAGGUGCCCGCACUGCGUGAGCCAAAGGUGUCUCUCAUCUAAGAGUUUCUUUAAGAAGCUUAUUGGAAUUUAGUUAUUAU